UUGGGAUCACGUGACCGCUCACCCCUGCACACCAUGCCCUUCACUGGAUCUGGUCUGCGGAACAUGGCUUUCUACGCUCAUCAGCUCCGCAGGGGCUUCUCCUCCUCGGCUGUCAGAAAUGUUGUCAUUAAACACAUUAUGGUCAUCGGAGGCGGACAGAUGGGAGCAGGGAUAGCGCAAGUUGCCGCAUCAACUGGACAUACAGUGACUCUGGUGGACACGUCAGAGGACAUCCUAAAAAAGUCAGUCAAAGGGAUCGAAGGGAGCCUGAGAAGAGUGGUGAAGAAGAAGUUUGCCGACAAGCCGGAGGCAGGUGAGGAGUUCAUCCAGAAAGUCAUGCAGAAUGUGGCCAUCUCCACAGAUGCGGACUCCGCCGUUCAGACCUCAGAUCUCGUGCUGGAGGCCAUUGUAGAAAAUCUGAAGAUCAAGCAGGAUCUUUUUGGCCGUCUUGACAAGCUGGCAGCAGCACACACCAUCUUUGCCAGCAACACGUCCUCCCUGCCCAUCACCGACAUCGCCAGCUCCACCCACAGGCUGGACAGAUUUGGUGGCCUUCACUUCUUUAACCCCGUCCCUAUGAUGAAGCUGGUGGAGGUGAUCAGAACCUCUGCAACAAGCCAGGAAACGUUUGAUUCCCUCCUGAACUUCAGCAAAGCCCUUGGAAAAACACCAGUAUCCUGCAAAGAUACGCCCGGGUUCAUCGUAAACCGUCUGCUUGUUCCUUACAUGAUGGAAGCACUCCGGCUGUAUGAGAGAGGUGAUGGAUCCAAAGAAGACAUUGAUAUUGCAAUGAAACUUGGUGCUGGCUAUCCCAUGGGACCCUUUGAGCUCUCUGACUAUGUAGGACUGGACACAAUGAAGUUCAUUAUUGAUGGUUGGAGUGCGGCAGAUCCUGAAAAUCCAAUAUUUGCCCCAAGCGAGCUGCUGAACAAGCUGGUUGCAGAGGGCAAAUAUGGCAAAAAGACAGGAGAGGGAUUCUAUAAGUACAAGUAAUUACAAGCGGGGUUGAGAUCAGCCGAAAAAA